GAGUGGACAUCCACAUCGCGCACAUCCCUCUUUCGGACCUACUUUUAAAAGUGCUUUUUCGACCACGCUUCACUCGACAUCAUGGUCGUUUUAUAGUACCUUCCUACCCGGACACACACAAAUGAGCAUUUUGCGCUAAUUGAGAGUCUCGUGCCACACUCUUGUGUCUGUGGAAUUUACAACAAGCAAAGAUAUAAACCAAAGAGGAGGAAUCUAACCAUUACUGGACAGAAGAAACAACGAUGACGUUGUCAAAGAGAAGAUUGCUGGUCAACUUUCGUCACAUGUAGUCACACCCUUCAUUAGGGCGGCUUUCAUGCAAAAGUAUUUGUAAACAACAUAAUCUGCAGCUUCUCAUUAAGUGAGUCUGGCAGUGGUACCCACUUUAACUUAAUUUCCAUGCAAACAACUUGCCAAGUUGUUAAACAGUAAAACAGGACUUCAUCAGAAUGUAUUUGUUGUAGGCCCAAAUAUUUAUGACCUUAACUCCACAGUUUGUAAAAGUUUAAGCUUUGUAAUCAUUGUUUAGAUUUUUAUUUUUUUUUAAUCUCCAGUGAACAUCACCAUCAUUUUUCUUGGACGCUUUCAUCUGCUUGCGUCCCUCUGGCAGUCUGCCAUUUGGCCAAGCUCAUCUCUCAGUCCACUUUACCCCCCCGUCUUCCUUUCCACAAAAACGGUCCGCUGAGAGGCUUCAACCUGGCGGGCACCAUUCCAGUCAAGGGGGAAGAGGACUUCCUGACGCUGGCCGCUUCCCGGCUCAGCCGUAGGAAACGUGUAAUCGGAGCGGCCGUAGGCGUAGCCAUGGUUCUCAUUCUGCUGGUGGCCAUUCCCCUGCUGGUCCACACAUCCAAAGGAGGGAAAUCAGGAAGUGACGGCAGCCAUUAUGAAAUGCUGGGAAGCUGCAGGAUGGUUUGUGAUCCUUAUGCCACCUCACAGCCAGGCCAGGAGUUGACAGCUGUGUCUCCGCCGCCCCAGGAUUACUCUGGGAAGAAGAUCAAGUCAGGCAUACGGGGUCCUCCGGGAAUCCCUGGCCCCAUAGGAGCGCGUGGGCCCCCUGGGGAGCCAGGCAAGCCAGGGCCGCAAGGUCCGCCAGGUCCAGGUCCUGGUGGCUACUCUCCCUCCCUCUACACUCCCAAAAUUGCCUUUUACGCAGGGCUCCGCAAGCAGCACGAGGGCAGUGAGAUACUGAAGUUUGACGACGUGGUAACCAACGUAGGCAACUACUACGAGCCCAGUACUGGCAAGUUUACCUGUCCACUGCCUGGCAUUUACUUUUUCACCUACCACGUGCUCAUGAGAGGUGGGGACGGCACCAGCAUGUGGGCGGACCUGAAGAAGAACGGACUGGUAAGAGCCAGCGCCAUCGCUCAGGACGCGGAUCAGAAUUACGACUACGCCUCCAACAGUGUGAUCCUGCACUUGGACGUGGGCGACGAGGUGUGCGUGCAGCUGGACGGCGGCAAGGUCCACGGAGGCAACACAAACAAGUACAGCACCUUCUCCGGCUUCCUCAUCUACCCAGACUGAGAGCGAGCGAGCAUCACAAAUACACACGCCCAUGCAGACCUCAACACGUGAUCUACACACAUGCAUGCAAACACACACACACACAUCAAAAGGGAAACUAACAAUUAGUGGAUUUAUAUGAGCGACAUUUAACCUCCUUUGUGUGUACCUUGUGGCUCUGAAAUCUCCAAAAAUAUUGCAAUGUGAUCCAUAUGAACUUAAAUGAUUUGUUAUGCAAUAAUUGUGUUGGCAUUAAUCACGAGAAACGCUACAUUCGGUUUGUUUGAACAGUUCUGCUUUUUAAUAUCGAUCACCUGAUCAAAUGAGUUACCUGACCUCAAAAUUAGGUACACCUCCAUAACCCAAUAAGAUUACCGUAUUUUUCGGAGUAUAAAUCGCACUGGAGUAUAAGUCGCACCUGCCGAAAAUGCAUAAUAAAGAAGGAAAAAAACAUGUAUAAAUCGCACUGGAGCCCGGUCAAACAAUGAAAUAAACUGCGACUUAUAGUCCGAAAAAUACGGUAAAUAUGAGAGCUGUAAUAAAAAUGCACAACAAUGACAUUAUUGCUCACUUUGUGAAAGACUCAGAUGUAACUUCAGGUUGUUUGCAGUGGAGUAUAAUGCGAUUUGAAAAUAUUAGGAACAUGUGUUCAAUUUGCAUCUCCUUCACUGUGCAAAGUUCAAAUCUUGCAGUGGACCUUAUUGGACUGUACAGGUGUACCUAAAGCUGGGAUUUGUUAUGCUUUUGUUUUUUUACAAAACAAUCCCCAACUUGUUCAUUUGGGCCAUUUUAAAAACCAAAAAUAAAUCGACUUUCUUCUCUUUUAUAAUUCCAGUCGUGUGAUGAAUGCAUUGUUUACAAAAUGUUUGUGUAUGAGUGGGUGAAGUACGUUUGUAUAUACGUGAUUUAAGGACCGACCCAUAAUAAAUGUUGUACAGUACAUUACGCUGACAUGUUAUUUUUGAGGGAUUUCAUCAUGUUAUAUAUAUAUAUAUAUA